CAUUUCCAAUCUCCCGGAUCGGCGAGCGUCGUGCUACUGUACAGUAAAUGUACUAUUUACAGCAUUCAUGGUACUAUAGUCUCUCUCGGUAAGUUAUUGGUAUGGCUAGCAGACCAAGGUUUGCUGUAGAGCGUGCAAUAAGCGUCUACGGAGGCAAUCUGGCCUUACGUGGAGUGAGAGUUAAGAUACAAAAUGCGGUAACUAUUUCAGAGUUUGCCAUUCCGCCAAAGGUGAGAGAAUGUACGUUCAACUGCUCUGAGUUUCUAUAUGACUUUACAGCAGAAAGAGACAUCAUGAGACGGGCAAAGGAAAGAGAAAGAGCUCGCGUAGCAGCAGUUGCUGACGCAGCAGGAAAUGAUGCACCUGAAGGUCCCAUGCCUCGUGAUGCUAGUCAAAUAUUUGAGUCUGUGAGAGGAGGAGAAGUGCUGCAGCCAAUCGUAUGCGCAAGUAAUACAACAAACUUGCAACCUAGUACGUCAGUUCAGGCAGGCACACUGACAAGUUUUUCUGAGUUUGAAAAUCAAACUUCGACUCCAUUUGAGGAUAUGGAGCUUCGGACGAUUGAUGAUAUGAGUGAGUUGAGGACAAUACUGCAGCCAGCUGAUGAAAAUACUGGGAGUGGAGCAGAGGUAACAGAAACGUCCGCUUGGUCUGAUCGGUCUAGUGAGAUUCAACCGAAUGCACCUCCAACGUCAAACGUAGAUACUCAGAGAUUGCAGUCUGUUCAGGGGGGAUCAGGUAGUAAUAAGCCCAUUCCUAAAGCAAGGCCAAAUCAUGCGGCAGGCCAAGGGCAGUCACCUGUACCUAAACCAAGAAACAGGCCAUUGCAAGAACAAACUCCGAAACCGCUGGCGGCAAAAUUGCCUCCUGGAGCACAGCCAACUGUUUUGCAAGCUGCUCUUCAACAACAACCGCUUACAGAACCUGAACCUCCUCCUUAUCCUGGUCAUCCAGUCACUACAACAGACAGUUUUCCAACUUUUACAUCAACAAUGGAAAUGUUUCCUUCACCUCAGGAUCUACCUCCACCAUAUCGAGUAGGUGACAUGAGACCUCCACCAAUUCCUCCGCGACUUCAUGGUCAAGAGACUAACAUGAGGCAGAGUUGCCCACCUCCAUCUGUACCAGUGAGAAACCACCAAACCCAGACUGGUUGGAAAAAAGAAGAUUUGGGACUGAUUGAUCCUUUCUUUACUCUAACAGCAGCAGAGAAAUCUGUAGUUGAGAAAAUUGUCAGUAUGGGCUUCCUUCCCAGAGAGCGGGUAGCGAGAGCAGUGAAACAGCUAGCUAGUGAAAAGGAGAUUGUUGAUUUCUUGGUCAAUGUUGAUAAGAUAGUUGGAAUGCCGUUCAACUACCCAGCAGACAGUGUGGAACUUGCUCUCACAUAUAACAAAGGAAACAUGGAUGAGACCUUGGACCAUCUAAAGACAGUUAGUGAGCUGAAGGAGAUUGGUUUUCCAGAAAAACUUAUCCAUGAAGCAUUGCAUAACACCAAGAAUGACACAGAGAAAGCAAUUGAUUAUAUCAUGAAUCACUUGUAACUGAAUGGUCAGUGACUAAAUACAUGUAUAGCAAAUAAAGCAUUUAUUGUACUAGUGUAUGUAUGGUGAAGGACUCUUGUCAAUGUAACCGAAAUUCUUUGUCA